ACACGUAGUGGGAACGAGCAGGUCCUGAUGCACAAGUCACGGCAACCCUGGGCGGAGAUGAAGGCGGACUCCGACUGGCUCUGAUUUUUAAAAGCCCUUUUCAUUCAGGAGGUUGGUUGCCAGUUGUUAUCAAUAUGGCAGAUCCGUUAUCCCAAGCACCCACCACUGCAAAAAUGGCGUCACUUAACCGGGUCCGAGCUUUGGCGAUGAUUUUCUUAACUGUCACUGGCUGUUGUGUCACCCCGACAAGUGGCAAGGAAGGGUCCGAGGAGACCGUCAUCAUAGGGCUCCGACUUGAGGACACGGACGACAUUUCCUUCAUGGAUAAGGGCUACCUGAGGGUGAGUGAGCGCUCUCGGGUGAAAUUAAGAGUGUACGGGCAGAACAUCAACAACGAGACCUGGUCCAAAAUUGCUUUCACGGAAUAUGAGCGGAGCCGGGCGGUAGGGAGCAUUGACAGCUCCUCGGGGGAUAACCAGAGCCAGGAGGACUCGUCCGGCUUGCAUCCCUGUGGUAUUAGGACUUCGGAUAUAAUUAUUUUGCCCAACAUCAUCCUGAAUCGAAAGACAUCCGGAAUAGUUGAAAUUGAGGUUAAACCUCUGCGAAAGACGGAGAGGAGUAAAGCGUAUUACCUUUGCAUCGCCACCUCAACACCGGCCGUGGCCGGGAUGCACGACCCGUGGACGGAGAACACCUGGAUCUACCACGAUGGGGAUGACACCAAAGUGAUAGUGGUGGAGGAGAAAAAGUUUCUGCUGCCUUUCUGGCUCCAGGUCAUUUUCAUCUCCAUGUUGCUUUGCCUGUCCGGUAUGUUCAGCGGGCUGAACCUGGGGCUCAUGGCUCUGGACCCCAUGGAGCUCCAAAUAGUGCAGAACUGCGGCACGGAAAGGGAGAAAAAUUACGCCAAAAAAAUAGAGCCGGUCAGGAGCCAAGGGAAUUAUUUGCUUUGCUCUCUUCUGCUCGGGAACGUGUUAGUGAACACCACGCUGACCAUCCUGCUGGAUGAUAUUGCCGGUUCCGGCUUGAUUGCUGUGGUCAUGUCCACCAUUGGAAUAGUCAUUUUUGGGGAAAUCGUUCCCCAGGCCAUCUGCUCCAGGCACGGCCUCGCUGUGGGCGCCAACACCAUAUUCCUCACCAAGUUUUUCAUGCUGCUUACCUUCCCUGCGUCCUACCCGGUAAGCAAGCUGCUCGACUACCUGCUCGGACAGGAGAUAGGAACAGUGUACAACAGAGAGAAGCUUCUGGAGAUGCUGCGCGUCACGGACCCCUACAACGAUCUAGUGAAAGAGGAGCUGAACAUAAUCCAGGGCGCGCUGGAGCUGAGGACUAAGACCGUGGAGGACGUGAUGACACCGCUGAGGGAUUGCUUCAUGAUCCCCGGGGAUGCAACCCUGGACUUCAAUACCAUGUCAGAGAUCAUGAAGAGCGGCUACACGCGCAUCCCAGUGUUCGAGGGCGAGAGGUCCAAUAUAGUGGAUCUGCUCUUCGUCAAAGACCUGGCCUUCGUGGACCCAGAUGAUUGCACCCCGCUCAAAACCAUCACAAAGUUUUACAGCCACCCGCUGCAUUUUGUGUUCAAUGACACCAAGCUGGACGCAAUGCUGGAGGAGUUUAAAAAAGGAAAAUCCCACCUGGCCAUAGUUCAGAGGGUGAACAAUGAAGGUGAGGGAGAUCCUUUCUACGAAGUUCUGGGUAUUGUCACCCUGGAGGACGUCAUUGAAGAAAUCAUCAAGUCAGAGAUCCUGGACGAGACUGACCUGUACACUGACAACAAGACGAAGAAGAAAAUCACACAUCGGGAAAGGAAGCAGGAUUUCUCGGCCUUCAAGCCUACCGACAAUGAAAUGAAGGUUAAAAUAUCACCUCAGCUUCUGCUGGCUACCCUGCGUUUCCUAGCAACAGGCAAGUGGGCUCCAUUUGCACCAGUGCAGAUGUCAGAGAAGAUUCUGCUGCGCUUGUUGAAGCACCCAAAUGUCAUCCAAGAGCUAAAAUAUGAUGAUAAGAACAAGCGGGCACCAGAGCACUACCUCUUCCACAGGAACAAACCUGUGGAUUAUUUCAUCCUCAUUCUGCAGGGGAAAGUGGAGGUGGAGGCAGGAAAAGAGGGGAUGAAGUUUGAAGCGGGACCGUUCUCCUUCUACGGAAUAAUGGCUUUGACAGCCUCGCCAGUGCCUCUGUCACUGUCUCGUACAUUUGCAGUCAGUAGGGCUGAGUCAUUAGCAGGAUCUCCAGGUACAAAUAAAUCUCCUCCACGGCCAUUUGGACUGAAUCACUCAGAUUCUCUGAACAGGAGUGAUCGUAUAGAUGCCAUCACUCCAACUCUGGGCAACAGCAACAACCAGCUCAACUCUUUCCUUCAUAUAUACGUGCCUGAUUAUUCUGUCAGAGCACGCUCAGACCUGCAGUACAUAAAGGUGACACGACAGCAGUACCAGAACGCUGUGAUGGCAUCACGGAUGGACAAGACUCCACAGUCGACAGACAGCGAGUUCACUAAGAUCGAGCUCACGCUAACGGAGCUCCAUGAUGGCGUGGAAAGCCCAGCUGUUGUCACCACCACAGCUACCACCACUAUCACCACCCCUGCUGUGGCCUUUGCUGUGGCCAACGAAACAUCCCACCUGCUCAACCAGCAGCAGAACUGUGUGGGUCUUAGCAGGAGCAACCACUCCUCCCACAAUGAGGGACCCAUCUAGCCCCUGCCGAGCCCGGUGGAGACCCAGACCCUCCACCCUGUCUUAAGGACACACGCAGAGCGGUGAUGUAGAUGAAGAUGAGGGAAAAUGGGGAAGCGGAGGCAGGUGGAGUGAGGGUUCUGCUCCAAUCAGUAGCCCCUGGUCAGUCAGUCAGUGAGAGCCUUUCAUGGAGGGGCUGCGGGGAAGACAGGUGCUGUGUCACCCUGAACUCCCCCACCUGAACACUGUCAGAAUCCCUGCUGUACUACACCCUCUUACAGAGGGUGCACUUGGUCAGUACCGUGUUACUGAGCUUCUUUUUGGGACAAUCUGACACUUUCAUAGCGGUAACUUGGACAGAGUGUAUCCAUGCACGUGCACGCACACACACGCACACACACACACACACACACACACACACACACACACACACAACACAUGCUGUACUUUCUCCUCAGGCCAAAGACUUUGGUCCCCCCUUUCUUACACUGUCUUUGUACACAUACACUCUCAAACACAUUCACAUUCCUGCACAGAAGCAAAUGCAACUCCCCCGGUGGUGCAUCUUUCAGGGAGGCUCGACUGUUGAUCCCAUCAGCAAGGACUCAAACCCAAACACGCAGAGAGGUUAGUCAAAGACUGCACCAAAAACCGCUUUGAGAGAAACCGUUAAACCAUGAACCAAGAAUGUUUUCCUGUAUUUAUUUAUUUUAUAAUAUUGUAUGUAUAUAUGUUUGCGUGAAGAUAUGAUAUAAAAAAAAAACUGGCAUAUGAGCAUGCAUUAGUGUGCUACAGAUAUAGAAUAUGCUACAUAUAUGGAGAUGAACAUCCAUUCUUGUACUGUGCAUUCAGAAAGAUUUCACAGCCUUUGAAGUUUUGCACCUUUUGUUUUUUGAAGACUCUUAAAGUGGAUUCAAUUUUUGGAUCAGUCUACACACACAAUAACACAGGUUGUUGAGGUGCUAUUUAAAAUUAUUGAAAAUAAGACUCAAAUAUUCCAGUACACCAGUAUUCAGACACUUUAUGUAGUUCUUUGCUUCUAACAUUGCAGAGAGUUGGUGUGCACCAACUUUCAGGUCUGUCUAGAGGUGCUGUAUUGGGUUCAGGUCCUGACUAUGGUUGGGCCACUCCAGGAAUCAACUACUCCUAAGAUUCCGAGCUCUCUAUUAAAGGUUUUCACUCAGGACUGCGCUGGAUAUAAUGAUUUCCCCGGAUCUUUACUAGUCCCCCAGUCCAUGUCACAGAGCAUGUGUUUGACUGCAGAAAUGGCAUUAAUGAUUGUUUUUCGUGAGACGACUCCAACAAUCAAUCAGCUGCUAAAACCCCAAAUCACACAGUCCUAGAGAACAAUCAGUGACUUCCUGGUAACUACUGGUUGCUAGGGAAAAGUGUGUAUUCCAAGAACGGUUGGCGAGCGGUUGCUGGCAAUGGCGAGCAUGAAAUUAGUCGCAAAGAGGUGCUGCAUCAAAAACCUCGAGAGCUUUGGUCAUUUCAAAAGGAACGCCUUUUACUUCGAGGUACUUUUUAAAGUUUGUGAGUGUUUGCAGGCAAGUUGGCAUCUUCCAUGCAAACUACAGGCAUCUGCAGAAAUAUACUAGAAAACCAAAGCA